AUGAUGGUUGGUCGCUCGGCAGACCAUGCCGAAGUGUGCCAAAAGAACAUUCGGUAUGGCCCGGUUGAGCUGGUCUCGGCUUUGAGGGUGUUCCACGUGUCACGACGUGAGUGGGCGGCCAGACAUGGUACAAACAGUAGUCCCCCAAGUUUCCGAUCGAGGAGAGACUUCUUGGUUGGGGACUUGCUUGUCCCUGAGCUCCGGCAUUUUGACCCGGGAACAAGCGUCUGUCGUUUAUAUGCCGGUGAUGUUCAUGUAGUCCCCCAAGUCCCCUAG